AUGUUCUCCAAAUCGGCUGUUGCGGUCGCUACCAUCCUAGGUACCUCCCUGGUUGGAGCUCAUCUAGUCAUGGUCAACCCUGUUCCUUACAACUUCGAUUCGUCUGAUAACUCUCCUCUCGAGGCAGAUGGAAGCAACUUCCCGUGCAAGAUCACGGGUGAUUACACCGUUACCGAGGAGAACUACGUGGUGAAGGGUGAAUCCACGGAGAUGACUUUCCACGGUGGUACUACCCACGGCGGCGGUUCUUGCCAAAUCAGUAUUACCUCGGACCGCGCACCGAGCAACUCGACUACAUGGGCUGUCAUUGAGUCAAUUGAAGGUGGAUGUAUGGAUGCAACCGAGAGUGACUCCAACAUUGGAACCAGCGCCACGGAGGUGACCCCAUUCCAUCCCAACUUUACCAUCCCGGACAGCAUCGAGGCGGGCGAGUACACCAUCGCCUGGACCUGGUUCAACCGUAUCGGUAGCCGUGAAAUGUACAUGAACUGCGCCCCCAUCACUGUCACCGAGAGCAGCUCUUCGAAGAAGAGAUCGGAGUCCUCUGCAGUUGAAAAGCGCUCCACGGAAGAAUUUCCUCCCUUGUUCAUUGCCAACAUCAACGGCUGCAUAACCGAGGAGAUGUACGCCAUUCGUUUCCCCAAUCCCGGUGACACCAUCGAGACCUAUAAUUCAGAACAUCUCAUUGCAACUGAUGCCGACGUGUGUUACAGUGGUUCUGCCACCUGGGGAACGGCGGGUUUCAGCACCACCGGAGGCUCUAUCCCUACAGCUACAGCUUCAGGUUCUAGCGAUUCGUCCGCUACGACUACUACGGCUACUACGGCCGAGGCUACCGCAGAGGCCUCAGCCAGCACCGCGCUUACCGUGGCUGUCGCUAGCCAAACCACCGAAGCUGCCCAGACUACCGACAUCACCCCGACCACCAUAACCUCUGUUGCUUCCGAGGUGACUUCCUCGGCCGAUGCGUCCAGUACCUCUAGCUCUACUUCUAGUUCCAGCUCCGAAGCUCUCACCGGAUUCUGCUCUGAGGAAGGGUACUGGAACUGCAUCAGUGGCACCUCCUGGCAGCGCUGUGCUGAGGGCACCUGGUCAGCCUCUCAGCCGAUGCCUGACGGUACUGAAUGCACCGCCGGUGUGAGCGAGGAUCUGGCUAUGAAUGCGGUUUCGGUCACGUCGCGGGACGAGAAGCAUCUCCGGACUCACAAAAACCGUCGGCAUCUUUAA